AUGCUCAGAGGACGUUCGAGAGGCAUCCGGAUGAUAUUACUCAUUUGUCUUCUCUUCGUCUGUAUACGAGGGACACUGGCUCAAGGCUGCAGCAAGGAGAACCCUUGUGCAACUGGAUGCUGCUCGAAGGACGGUUACUGUGGCACAUCUGAGGAGCACUGCGGCGAGGGAUGCGUCGAUACAUGCGACUACAAACUCGGCUGUGACGCAAACAACCCAUGCCCAAGCGGUUGUUGCAAUACGUUUGGUUUUUGUGGCCUAGGCCCUGACUUCUGUGGUGCUGAUGUAUGCGUCGCUGGCUGUGACUCCAAGGCCGAGUGUGAUCCUGGCUGGGGAGCUGAAUGGUCCCAAUCCUCGAAAUGUCCCUUGAACGUUUGCUGUUCGAAAUAUGGAUUCUGUGGUGUUACCGAAGACUUUUGUGGUAAUAAAACUGUGGACCGGGGCCACUGCUCAGAAGAUGGGAGUCUGAAAAGGGUCGUGGGAUAUUUUGAAGGCUGGGCAUCUAGACGGCCCUGCAACCGCUUUUGGCCCGAGCACAUCCCCGGCAAAGUAUACAGUCAUAUCAACUUUGCCUUCGCCACCAUUGAUCCCCAGUCAUUUGAGGUUAACCCUGCAGAUGCAAGAGAUGUCGAUCUCUAUACCCGUGUGACCUCGAGGAAGCAGCUAGAUCCAAAUCUCAAGGUCUUCAUUGCACUAGGAGGGUGGACUUUCAACGACCCAGGCCCGACACAGACAAUCUUUUCAGAUCUGGCCGCUUCGGAGGACAAGCAGAAAGCCUUUUUCAAGUCAUUGGUGUCGUUCAUGUCGACUUAUGACUUUGACGGGAUUGACCUAGACUGGGAGUAUCCUGAGGCAGAUGACCGCAAUGGUCGCCCGGAGGAUUUUAAGAACUUCUCCAAGUUCCUCGCCAACCUGAGAAGCACACUCGAUAAGACACCCGGCAGGAACGGCAUCUCUAUUACAUUGCCAGCGUCAUACUGGUACUUGCAGCAUUUCGACUUACAGGCACUGGCCAAGUCCGUUUCAUUCUUCAAUAUCAUGGCGUACGAUCUGCACGGGACCUGGGACAUGGGUAACAAAUGGACGGGUGAGUAUUUGAAUGCUCAUACUAACCUGACGGAGAUCGACCUGGCACUGGAUCUGCUCUGGCGGAAUGACAUCAAGAAAGAUAUGGUAGUCAUGGGCCUGGCAUUCUAUGGACGAACAUAUACUGUCAAUCCUACCUGCGUGGAACCCGGGUGCAUGUACCUAUCUGGCGGAGUACGGGGCAGCUGCAGUCGUGAGGUCGGCGUUCUCCUCAACAACGAGAUCGACCAAAUCCGAGACAGCAAGGGAGUCAGUCCUACCCUAUAUAAGGACGCGGCCGUUCAAGUCCUUCACUGGGAUAACCAAUGGGUGUCCUAUGAUGACGCAGAUACGUUCGUGCUCAAGACCAACUUUGCGCGCAAGAGAUGCCUGGGUGGGGUGAUGGUAUGGGCCAUAUCGCAUGACAACACUGACGGGUAUUACUCGAAGGCACUAGGCCGGGUGACAGGGUAUCUCGGGUCCAUGCAGUUUGAAUACGAUGAUGGUCUUGUCACCGACAGGACGAACCAUAGCCAGUGUCAUUGGACGAACUGUGGGGAGGCAUGCCCGAGCGGCUGGACAUUGGUUCCCCGGACGGACGAGUGGAAGAACACCAAGGACGAGUACAUGUUUGACGAUACAGCUUGCAUGGGAACAGGGAGUCGAGCGUGGUGCUGUCCGCCGGGGAAGACUCCGACCUGCGGCUGGUACAGUUUCAAGGCUGGUCGAUGUGAAGAUGGCUGUCCCAGUGGCAUGAAGGAAAUCAGUUCGACCAGUACUGGUUGCCGCUAUGACUCCCAUCAAACGGCGUGUUGUACCCUGACAGAUAGUGAUGGAGAAGUGGUCGAUGGGAUGACGCUUUACGGAGCCUGUGAGUGGGAUGACUCUCUCGAGUGCGAGAAAGGCGUGUGCAGUACUGCAAUGAACCAUAUUCUGGGCAAAUCACCCACUGGAAGCGGUGAAAACUAUUGCCAUGACUAUACUCACCGGGAGAAGGUAUGGCCGGCCCUUCAGAUGGGCGAGCGAAAAUAUUGCUGCGAUACAGACCGGAUGAACCGUCGGUGGCAGAAUUGCGAAUGGGUAUCGAACGUUGGUACCAUCACGAAGGACAUGCAGUGUGUCGGCUUCUGCCCUGCUGGGAAGUUCAAGGUGGCAAUGAAUACAUACAACCAUGGCUGUUACCACAGAGGAUAUGAGUCCUACUGUUGUGAGCCGAGCUACUACACGGAGACGACGCGAUACUCAGACGACGUGGCUGCGUUUCAAGAUGCCCUCGCGAAAUGGGGCGCUGAUCCAACAUGCUCGACGACUGACUUGGCGAGCAGAGAUUUGGAGACUCGCGAUGACUCUCCCGUUCAGCAAGUGAGAUCAUUCCUACAAUCCUUCUUUCUGGCGUGUAGCAUGGCCGAGCUGGAUCGACUUGCAGGGAAAGUGCAGGUCUGGGACGCAUAUAUGAUUGCCCAUGGUUUGAAGUAUCUGGUCUCCAAUACUCUGGCAGGAAUUAUCGGCCUUCGGUCAGACAGUGAGUCAUUUGACGACCUUAGUGAUGGGUUGGCCUGUGAUCCGGCGCUCUGGAACGCAUACCUCGAUGACAGUGAGGAUGUCACAGUACCCUGCAAUUUUGACCUGUGUACAACAGACAAUUUCCUGUGCACCGAGGAAGGCUUCGACAAUGAGGACCUGGUAUCUGGCCACGACGAACUUAAACGAUGGUUUCAAUGGGAAGGACAGAGACGCGCGCUUCAUCGCCUCGAAAAGAGAGCACAGGACAAGCAAGUCGUUUUUAACUGCGACGACGGCAUUGUAGAUGUCAGGAUCCGGUUCUGGCGCCACGGAUAUCCUAGCAGUGGAGACUGGCCAACCCAGGAUAGCAUUUACGACGAAGCACUGGACAACGAAGAUGUCGAAGACUGCGCGAACUGUGAAACCAAUGUCAAGUCAAUUGUUGUGACGGAGAGCUCGGAUUACCACACUGAGCAUAUCAUUGAGCUGCAGAGUAUGCCUAAAUUCUUUGCAUGGCUAGUCACUCAAGCAAGCUGCAACGUGGACUGUCAAUUCUUCCUCAACUUCUUUAACAAAGAUGUCCUGAAAGGAACAACGCCUAUGCCCGGUGGCUUUGACUCGGGCGUCCCGUCACUGCGUAUUAUGGAAGCCUUGGGCAGUUGGACAAACCAGAAUCAGUUUCGGCUGCUGGAGAAGAGGCUCAAUGGAAUGAAGGCAGUUGUGGUUACGGUUUUCAGCUAUUUGAAGCACCCAGAGGUGUGGAAAAGACUCAAAGCGACGAACGGCCUCAUCCGACAAGAAUUGAAAACUGUCCAGGAUGCAUAUAAUCAAGCGACAGGAAGUAAUGCAGUGAUUGUUGACUGCUGGGAUCGAUGGCUGGCGGAUCAUCUGGCCAAGGUCUUACAGCAUGGAAUCAAUUGGGCCACACAAGGGUUAACGGACAUGGAGAACCAGUGGCUCCCGAAGAAGACCACCAAGCUCGGUGCUACUGUGAUUCGCGUCAUUCGCCAGUUGAGACGGUCAAUGGGGAAACAAAUGAAUCUCGAUCUUAACGACCUCGUCGUCCCCGAGAUAGGUCAGUCUCCAGAGGUCAUUCAGAUGGAUGCGGAAAUAUCCCAGGUAGUAUCGAGUGUUGUAACUGCCGCCUCCAGUGUAGUCUGGGUCAAUCACCGUGACCCAAGCUCCAUUCCGGCUAGGUUUCUGUGGCUCAGGGUGUUGGAUGAUGGAUUGAAGAGCGCCUUCGUCGAUGACCAGACAAAACCGAAACCGAACCCCAGUAUCACCGUUGUCGCUAUUCCUGAUGGCUUUAAAAUGUCGACGAACCUCAUCAAGAGUGACCCCAUCAAACUGCGCUUGGUCAUCAAAAAUGAGCGGUCGGUACCCCUCUUGAAAGAUCCGCGAAGGUUUUUCGUUGUUGAGCUGCCCCUUUGCGCUUGCAUAUACAUGCUUUGGUAUAGCUUCGGUCGUUGGCUUCCAGUGUUGGCUGGAUUCCGGGGUAUAGACUGUGCGGUAGAUGGUAUAUCCCCAAGGCCAUUGAUAGGGGAGCUCGUCAUGCAGGAAUCGCACGACGGUGUUGGUCGUAUCAUCCCACCAGGGCUCAGAUUUCAGGCGGCGAAUUCGCUGCCGGAUCUCUUGUUUGCUUUCGCCUACGGGGAAAUCGUCGGACGCCCAGGGCUCGUCCCAGUUCUCGUGGUGAAACCUCCAAGUGACUUCCAUGAGGUAGAGUAA